AUUUUCCCAUCAGGAUACCUAUCGUGCACUACUCUCCUCGUUGUCGGGGGGGCUAACGUUGUAGCGAUUACAGAGCGAGCGUUCUGUGUUUCGCUGUAGUAUUGAUAAAGUGGUGAAUACCGAGCGCUGUGUUCAGUGAUUGUGAAUCGAAUGUUGCAUGCAUCCGCCAACGUCUGUCUUUUCUCUCCCUGAAACCAGCGGAGUCGUUGUCGCUCGCCCGCUAGCGUCUCGCGGCCGUUAUUCUCUAUCGACGGCACUUGUCGCGGUGCCCAGGUGUUGUAUGCUCUGCUCUUCGCUCGUUGUCCUCGUGUCGGGACCGUCGUCCGUUCGUUACACCAUUUCCUUGUUUAUCCCUAUCUGGUGCUCGGCAACGGGGCCCCGGCGGUAGUGGUCGGCUGCGAACCUGUUUCUGCGCCGUGCACCUUACUCGUACGAGAUGUCCCGUAGCCUCCAUAUUUCGGGGCCUCUUUGACGGGCGUAUGUACAUAUUUUUCACGCUUGGCACAUCGUACCGUCAUGGGCUUGCCCGUGUAGUGCUGUCUGGGUAAACACAAAUAACGUCUGCUGUGUGUGCACGAGUGGAAAUCCUUCUCCGUAAAUGAAUUAAAAUUUGGUGAUUCAACAUGGAUUUAAACCUAAAACCUGAAUUAUUUGGUGAAAUUCCUAGUGUAGUUGAUGUAUCUUCAGAUGAUGAUAUAGCAGUACGCCCUAGCACACCAGAAACAAAUUGUUCAAUUUGUCUUGAAGAGUUAAAUAAUAAAUGUUAUUCAGAUUCAUGUUGGCAUUUGUUCUGUUUCGAGUGUUUAAAACGAUGGUCAACGAUCCAGCCAUCAUGUCCAUUAUGCAAAAAAGAAUUCAAAUGUAUAUACCAUGCAUUUAAUGAUCAGGGCUCACAUGAAACUUUUGAAAUUCCAAGACAAAUUGCAGAAAUUUCGUCAACAGCAACAGUCUUUUACUCUAAUGCUGAUAACAACAGUGUCUUCAGGAUGAAUUUGUUUUUGGAUAUUGUUCGAAGAAAUGAGAGACUGUUGCAUCAGCUAAGUAAUUCAGAAACAAAUGAUCCAGAUUUUAAUAUAGAUUUUAAUAUGCAUUCAAAUACACAAUUAGUUCGUUUCCAUCCAAGAAUUGACUUACCACAUGGACAAACAAUGCGAAUAAGAGUGUAUAGUGAAAAUUUAUGGGCUGAUCCAUUACCCGAUUUAAGUGGUCGAUAUAGAGAUUGUAGUACUAAUUUUUAUAGAGAAAAUCAAGCACAGAUUUAUAGAUUACAUGAUUUCAUUCUUAGAGAUCUUACAGCCAUCAGAACAGUCGAAAGAACAGAAGGAGUUAUUAGGCAUGGAUUACCUGUCAAUGAUCAUAAUUUAACCACUCUGAUUAUGCAAUCAGUUUCAAGUUAUGAUAUUCGAGAUAUGUAUAUGAUUAGCUCCUUACGACCUUAUAUUGGAAAUCAUUCAGCGCAUUUUGUUCAUGAAUUGUACAAUUAUGCCCAUAGUCCAUAUGACUUGAUUGGUUAUGACCGUAAUGUGCGUUAUAGUAUAAGACCAAUCAUUCCAACAGCAACAGUAUAUCAAGGAUUAAAUGUAUCAGAUGUGUUUGAAGAAACACCAAGAAUAAUUUCACCAGUUCCAAUUCCACCAAAUCCAAGAUUCUCUGAAACUAUUGUGUUAGAUACAGAUGAUGAAGAAGUUGAAACUAACUCACGGUUGUAUGGACAGGAAAUUAUUAUUGUUAGUUCUACAAAUGAAGACUCGGAUGUUGAAAUUCUUAGUCACUCUUAUCUUCCUCCUAGAACAUUAGAUUCUUCUAGGGACCAACCAUCCACAUCUACUGGUAUUCGAGAUUCAUUAGACCGACCAAAUAAUAGGUAUAAUUUAAGGAGGCGAAGAUUGUUUUCACCUAUUAUCAAUGAAUCUAUAUCUGGUUGUCCUGUACAUUUGUCUCGAAUGACAUAUCCAGCUGGUUUAAGAAGAGGAAGGAUUAAUUUGGAUUCUUCUUCUUCUUCUGAUGAUGAUGAUUCAUUCACUCCUACUAGUGGUUCUCAAACUAUGCAUAUGAAAAAUACCGUUGUUUUAGAUAAGAAUAAAAGGAAAGUUAAAAAGAAAAAACUAAGAAAAAGAAAAAGAAAUGUUGAUAAUUCUCUAUCUGAAUUGCAUUUUGGUAGUAGAAGUCAUUCAAAUUCUGGAUCCUCUUCAUCUUUUAGUGAUACAGACACUAGACCAAAUAAUAAUUGCUUACCUUUGCGUACCAAUAUUUUGCUAUAGAUUUACACUUGUUAAUAGUGUUGCAAUAUAUAAAACAAGAAGUUUUUUCUAUAUAAUGAACUUAACCUUAAUACAUAAAAUCUCUACUUUUCACUGUAUAUUUCUGUUUAAAUUAUUUAACUUCAGUAAUUUUGUUUUGUUUGUGGUUAAUAGAAAAUAAUAAUAAAAAUGGUCC